AUGUCGAGGUUUAGACUGCGACGGCAAUAUGAUGGGUAUGUUUCUGUGCCUCACGAUGAUAGUGGAUUUUCGGACGCUCAGUUUGAGGUGCCGCCUUUGAAGAUACCUUGGAAAGCUCUAAGCUUGGCUGCAUUUCUAUUUGUCGUGGGAACAUCAUUAUUGAUUGUUGGAAGUCUUAUUGUCGCCGGUCAGAUCGAUACAAAGUAUUCGGACCGUCUUUGGCCUAUGAUUGUUUUGGGCUGUAUCAUGUUUCUUCCUGGGGCAUAUCAUAUGAGGAUAGCUUAUUAUGCUUACAAAGAAUACCCAGGAUAUAGUUUUGGAGACAUUCCUGAGUUUGAAUAG